CAUUUCUUUCAUUCAGCCAAUAGCUGAGAUCGUGAGCUCGCAUCCAUCCAUCUCUCAGCUCCACUCUCGACCUCAUCGAUCAUGAUGGACAAUUCCUCGACUCUACACUUGGCUCUGCCAGCUGUGUAUACCGUAGCUAGUGCCACAGCCCCUGUCUCGACGUUGGCUCAACCUAGAGCUUUUUCCACCAGCGUCAAUCCCUUGGUGUUCUUCAGCAUUCUCGAUCACUACUUGCGUCGCAACGCUGAUCAGGAUAGAGUCAUCGGUACCCUCUUGGGUGUUCGCAGUGAGGAUGGAUCUGAAGUCGAGAUUAAAGGAUGCUACCCUGUUCCUCAUCUAGAGACUCAGGACCAAGUUGAAGUCGAUAUGGAGUACCACCGUACCAUGUUUGAUCUUCACAAGCAAGUCAACUCUAAGGAAGUUAUUGUUGGAUGGUAUGCCACCGGCGCGGACCUCAACUCGUAUUCAGCCUUGAUCCAUGAUUUUUAUCAAAAAGAGGUCUCAUCCUUCCCAGCUGUUCAUCUCACCAUGGACACCGCCUUGACCAACGAGCGUUUGGGCGUCAAGACAUAUAUCUCGGCCCCUGUUGGUAUUACUUCUAAGGCCGAUAAUUGCAUGUUUAUCCCUAUUCCUUGUGAUGUCAAGUACUUCAAGGCUGAAAGAGCUGGACUCGAACUUCUUGCUAGUGCCAAGGAGACAGAAGAUGGAUCAACUACGUUGUUGUCUGACAUGGAUAACUUGGAGCGUGCUAUUAUCGAAGUUCAAAAGAUGCUGGAGCGCGUGUCUGAAUACGUGGAUGCUGUCCUUGCAGGAACUAAACCCGCCAACAACACUGUCGGUCGUUAUCUCAUGGAUACUGUCAGCGUCGUCCCCAAGGUUGAUGCUGCCGAAUUUGAAAAGAUGUUUAACUCUCAUCUUCAGGAUUUGCUUAUGGUUAUCUACUUGGCCAACAUGACAAGAACUCAAUUGGCCGUUGCAAAGAGACUCGAGAAAUUGUUGUAAAAAAAAAGAAAAUAAGAAACACUAUAUGAAAUAUGAAAUAAGAUGAAAGGCGAUAGGCGCAAGAGGAGUUUGAUAGGAGUGAACGAGCGUAGAAAAGAUAAAAAAAAUGUAGACACAUUCAUAAUAUUAGCGAUGCAUUGGUGGCGAGAUACACAUGAUGAUAUUCGAAAAAGAAUGAC